GCCCCUUCUGUGGAGGUGGAAACUGACCAAGGACAAUAAGUCCUGCGAGGACCCUCGAUGGAUGAGGAGCCGCCUCCUCAGGGAAUACCGAGAGGUGGAGGGGACGGCCCCGCCCCCUCAGGGGACGGGCCGCGGCAGUUGGGGCCGUGGCGAGAGGCCACCAGGGCGUCUAUCCUUGCUCUUCUCCAGAGAACCCGGCCUCCCAGCCACCGCCAAGCCCAAGCACCAGCAGCUCCUACCUUUCCGCGGCGCCGGGGGAUCCACUCCCAGCCGCCUCCGCCACCGGCUCCCCAUCCACAGCCUUCCGAAGCCCCGCCCCUUCAACCGCCGGCCGGGCUACUGGCGUUCACCGGGACCAAUCGCCGUCUCGCCUCUACAACGCUAGUCCCAAUCCGCGCUGGCCGGAGGAGGGGCUUCUCCAAUGUCAUUCAAGCUCCUCCCGGGGCCCCAAGAUCCCUUUUGUUUGGGGAGAGCCAAACUGGGAUUGAGCUCGCGUCACUUCCGGGAGGAAGCGAUCUCCUCCGGCCGGGGCUGGAGGGUGGGCUCGAGGGUGGGCUCGCGCCCUUCCCGGGCCGGGUUCUGCAACUUUCAACGUUCCGUGCGGUUACUGGGCUGAGCCGUGGCGAGGGUCUCGUGUUUUACCCCGAUUGUAUGAAGCUAGGGCUCAAAGAUGAAGCACCCAAAGACCACCCUUCUAUUUUCACGAUUGAAGCAGAAUAGGAUUCUGUCUCUGGAACCCCGGGGGCGGAGAAAGAGAAACCCGAUUCCACCGAGGGAACAUCAACCCGGCUGACCUGCCUUCUAAGCAGAAGUCAAAUAAUUUCAAAUUUGUGUUUGGUUUUUCCACACUAUCCUUGCCAGUCGAGGGGACUUUCCUGUGUUCUAGGCUCCAUUUUACUGUGGGGUAAUGGCGUUUGUAAACAAGCUGAAACAAAGAACGUUCGGAUGCAAUGAAUGAAUGAACGUCCUCCUUGUGAAGAGAUAAACAGAUCUUGGUGAUAGCAAGACCUACAUAAGACCAGAUAACUGAGGGAAAAGGAUGCUUCCUUAAUUGCGCCCUUACCUGUGGUCAAAAUUUCUGGUUUUCUUUUCCAUAGGCUGCACUUCAGCUUACAAAUUGAUACAGCUGGCAAAAUUAAUAAAAUUACGUUAUUUUAAAUACUUCCAAGACAAAUAUU